CCUUCUUUAUCUUUCUUUUUUUCUUUUUUCAUUAUUACUAUUAUUUAACAUGCAUAGUCUACAUUCUAUGACCCACCGUCUUAAAAAUAAAAUCAUUAGUAGUGUACACGAACUUACUGGUCAACUUUUAGAAGAAAGUACACCAGAAGAAGAAGAAAAUGAAAUUGCCAGACUUGCUAAAAGUCAUCGUCAUGCUUCGUUUGCUCCUGUUCGUCAUGAUGCCAAAGUGAAAUAUUUUGUGGAUGGACAUGACUAUUGUUGGGCUGUUUCUGAAGCUAUUGAACAUGCAAGGGAAUCUAUUUUUAUUGAAGAUUGGUGGUUGUCACCAGAAUUGUAUUUGCGUAGACCUCCUUCCACAUAUCCAGAAUAUCGUCUAGAUGCUCUUUUGAAACGUAAGGCUGAACAAGGUGUUAAGAUCUUUAUCGUUGUCUACAAGGAGGUGAAACAAGCAAUGACUUUGGAUAGUCGAUAUACUAAGGAUGCAUUACAAGGACAACACGAAAACAUUGUUGUUCUCCGACAUCCAGAUCAUGAAGUCGGUGGCACCUUCUUUUGGUCUCAUCAUGAAAAGUUUGUGGUUAUAGACAAUCAUAUCGCAUUUUUAGGUGGUAUCGAUCUUUGUUAUGGUCGUUGGGACACUCAUACUCAUCCACUUGCAGAUACUCAUGGAGGUAUCACUGGUUUAGAAAUGUUCCCUGGUCAAGACUACAGUGAUGCUCGUGUACGGGAUUUUGAAGAUGUGAAAAAUUGGGAUAGGAUGUUAAUUGACAAAACAACUAUACCUCGUAUGCCUUGGCAUGAUAUGUCUCUAUGUGUGAUUGGUGAACCUGUAUUAGACGUGGCACGACAUUUCUGUGAUCGAUGGAAUUUCGUCAAAAGUGUGAAAGCAUUUGACAAAUCAAAAGUUCCCUUCUUGCAACCUCCUGUAGGUGGAUUCAGUCAACGGCAAACAUUCAAAUCACCCAUCUCUGAAGGGCUUUUACGAUCAAGAUCUACUCGUUUCCGUCAUGCUACUCGUGGUGUUCGUGGUACAUGUCGUGCUCAAGUGCUUCGUAGUAGUGCCAACUGGAGUUCUGGUAUUCCCUUGGAGCGCUCCAUUCAAUCUGCUUAUAUUUCUGCCAUUUCUGAAGCUCGCCAUUAUGUAUACAUUGAAAAUCAAUUCUUUAUUACAACUACUGAAGAUGACCCUAAUUAUAUCAUCAAGAAUCAACUUGGAACUGCCAUUGUCAAUCGUAUCAUUCGAGCCCAUGAAGAAAAUGAAAAGUUCAAGAUAUUCAUUGUUAUACCAUGUAUACCUGCCUUCCCUGCUGAUUUGGCCACCAAGGCUGCACGAGAUGCAAAGGCUGUGAUGCAUUACCAGUACACUUCUAUCAGUAGAGGUAACAAAAGUAUCUUUGAAAAAUUACGACGAGCCGGUGUGGAACCAGAAGACUAUAUUCGAUUCUACAGUUUACGAAGUUAUGACCGAAUUCAUCGAAAAAAGUUGGAAGAAAUGAUGGCCCGUGCUGCUGGAUAUUCUGCGUCAUUAUCAAGUUUGAUGGAAGCCGACGUGGAUAGUACUCAUAUACCUGGUACAACUGAACAACAUGCUGAACAUUCAUUCGAUAUUGCAUCUGACUCUAUUGCCUACCAUGCUAUGAAAGGAGGUGAUAUCCAUCAAGAACCUUGGUUAUCUGAUACUCGAUUUACAUCUCAUCGUAACAAAUCCACGGAUAAUGAGGAAGCAUCUUCUUAUGUGUCUGAAGAACUUUAUGUUCAUGCCAAGCUUUUGAUUGCUGAUGAUCGGCUUGUGAUUAUGGGAUCAGCCAAUAUCAAUGAUCGUUCUCAAUGUGGUGAUCGUGAUAGUGAAAUUGCUUUACUGGUCGAAGAUCAAGAUCAUAUUCCCUCUCAAAUGAAUGGACAUCCCUACCAAGCAUCACGAUUUGCUGCUACAUUAAGACGACAACUCUGGAAAGAACAUUUAGGACUACUUCCACAUCAACACUUGACGGAAGUGACAGCCGCUAUGUUGCCAUUACCUGUACCACAGUUAGAUGAAACUGGAACGGAAAAAGAUUGUAUGGUGAUGGAUCCCUUACAUGAAGAUACACUUAGACUAUGGAUCAACACGGCUCGAAUCAAUACCGAAGCUUUCCGUCAUGUAUUCCAUUGUGUGCCUGAUGAUAAUGUACGUAAUUUUGAACAAUACAAAGCAUUUUAUCCCGAACCUUCAUUGAUCAAUAUUGGCCAUGUAUGGAAUCCUCAAAUGACCACAGACGAAAUUCGAUCACAUCUUGCCAACAUAAAGGGUCAUUUAGUGGAAUUCCCUACUCACUUUUUGGAAGAAGAAGAUCUCAAGGCCGAUGCACUUACUCUCACUCUUGAAUUGUACACUUAGUUUAGUGUGUAUUUUUAUGUAUUACCUAUCUUUAUAAUAUAUAUAUAUAUAUUAUAUCUGCCAUUUUUAUCCAUUUUUAUAAUUAAAAAUAAAAAGUCAUGCUGCGCAAUUCUUUUUUUUC